AUGAGUCAAAUGGUUUCUAUCAGCAGCCAGUCGGAUGUCGCUGCUAUAACACGGAACACCGAACUGGGACAGGAAAAGGAGCCGGAAGUGAAUAAAAAUGCUGCCGACAUGACUGGCACCGGCAGUGUCAUUGACAACCUUGAAGACGAAGAAUGCCGGGAUCCUUUUUGUAACGCUGAUAAUCCGCAAAUAAUUACUUUUCAAGAUGUUACAUCGGCAGCGUUUAAAAUUAAGCAAGGAAUCGAAUUCACGCCCUGUCCGAAAUCACAUAUUUCCGAUAUGAUCGAUAUGGACAUCUACCUCAAAAAGGAAUUUUUGCAAUUCACGGGAAGCUUCAAGGAACGUGGGGCCCGCUAUGCGUUGAUAAUGCUGUCCGAAGAGCAGAAGAGAAAAGGCGUUAUUUCGGCAUCCCUGGGGAAUCACGCUCAGGGUCUCAGCUAUCAUGGAUGGAAGUUGGGAAUUCCAGUUACCGUCGUGAUGCCACUGAAAGCAUCGCUUAUGAAGAUACAAAAAUGUCGUUACUAUCGUGCCAAUGUACUAGUUCAAGGUGCUGAUAUGGGCGAGGCAAAAAAGCUAGCACUGAAAAUGGCCCACGAAACUGGACUAACGUACAUCAACGGUUACGACCAUCCGCACAUCAUGGCCGGCCAGGGUACGAUAGGACUGGAGAUCGUUGAGCAAGUGAGCGACAUCGAUGCCGUUGUUGUCCCCGUCGGUGGUGGUGGCCUCAUUGCCGGUGUUGCUACUGCCAUAAAAAAUUUGAGCCCUCAAACCAAAAUCAUUGGUGUAGAAUCGGAAAAGUGCCCAAGCUUCACUAAAGCACUGGAAAACAAGGCUCCGGUGUAUGUCCAAAACAAGGAAACGUUGGCCGAUGGUUUGGCAGUUCCGCAGGUCGGCUACAAUGCAUUCGCCACCACAGUUCCACUGUUGGACAAGAUGAUCGUGGUGAAGGAGGAGUGGAUUGCUCUGGCCAUCCUGCGAUUAGUUGAGCUGGAGAAGUGUGUAGUCGAGGGUGCCGGUGCAUCAGGGUUGGCAGCCAUACUCGCUGGCCAUUUGGAUGAAUUCAAAGGAAAAAGAGUUGUACUGCUGGUUUGCGGUGGAAACAUUGACACUACAAUGUUUGGUCGUUGUUUGGAACGUGGUAUGGCCGCCGAAGGUCGUCUGGAAAGAUUCACCGUUCGGGUCAGCGAUGGUCCAGGGGGUUUGGCGAAGCUGUGUAACUUGCUAGCUCAACUCGGUGUUUCUAUCAAAGAUAUAAUGCAUGAACGUGCCUUCAUACGAGAUGUGAACAGUGUCGAGGUCAAAGUUGUAUGUGAAACUCGUGACUGGUCCCACUCGCAGAAACUACGGAAAAUGUUGCAGGAGAACUAUGAGGAACUAUUUUUCUACGAACUGCCAAUGGCUAUUUGAAAGCGAUAUUCUUGAGGAUAAAAGUUCAACAUUGACGAAUUUGUUAUUUUGCGAUCUUGGAAACCUGAAAAAUGUUUAAUAUUUUAUAUUGCAGAUAUAUAAUACACAGCCAGAUUCAGAACCUUAGCACAUAGAAGGUAAUUUGCGCACAAAAUGGUAGGCAAAACUUAGAAAACUGAUUUGCUACUUUGCAUCAUUUUUUCAAUAUAGUUAAACAUUUACACAUUCCGAAAUAAAGGUUCAAAACAAUCCGAACACGUUAGA